AUGAAAAAUGUUAGGAACAGGAAAAGAGGUGAACCAAAUCGUUGUUUUGAGUGUGGUGCACUUGAUCAUAUUCGCUCGCAUUGUCCUAAGCUUGGGAGAGGCAAGAAGGAAGAUGAUUGUAAAGUCAAAGAUGAUGACGUGAAGAAGAAGAAGAGCAUGAAGGAGAAGGAGAAGAAGAAGCAUUGCAUGCAGUGGUUAAUCCAAGAACUCAUAAAAGUUUUUUAUGAAUUGGAAGAUGAAGAUGAGGGCAAAGAGUCCCGCGCAAUCGGAAAGUACAUCCUCCGCAAUUACAAGACGAGCGAGGUCGAUCUACUCCGUGAAGGUAACCUCAAGGAGGCAGCCAUGGUGGAUCUCUGGACCGAGGUGGAGACGCACCAAUUUAAUCCAGCACUAUCGCCAAUCAUGUUCCAGUGCAUCAUCAACCCGGCCUUGCAUGGCAUCCCAACCAACCAGAAGAUCGUGGAUGAGACUGUGGAGAAGUUGAAGAAGGUGCUGGAGGUGUACGAGGCACAUCUAUCGGAGAACACAUACCUCGCCGGAGAAUUCGUUAGCUUUGCCAAUAUUUCUGAGCAUGUGCAUUUGAUACAAUAA